AUAUAUUUUAUAAAAUUUCAGUUUGGGCACCCAAUAAUUUAGGUAUUUAAUUAUUCACACCCUAUAAAUACCAACUUCUCCUUUACUAAAGAAUAUUGCACCAUAUCACCAUAAUAUAAACACAUUGGUGAAUUAUAAGUAUUAUACAUACAAUAAAAAUAUGUCAGGAACAGAAAUGCUCAUGAGUAUUCAAGAGAUGGUUAAAAACCCCAUUUCAACCAUCCCUACGCGCUAUCUAAUCGAACAAGAACCCGCGAUUCUUUACGAAGAUUCUUUACCUUCCAUCCCCGUAAUCGACAUGAAAAGUUUGCUUGCUCGAGAAACUAAAACUUCCCAACUCGACACGUUUCACUCAGCAUGCAAAGACUGGGGCAUCUUUCAGGUGGUGAACCACGGUGUAGACUCGUCAUUGGUGGAGAAACUCAAGUAUGAAAUUCAAGAAUUCUACAAGCUUCCAUUGGAGGACAGAAUCAAGUAUAAGAUCAAACCUGGUGAAGUUGAGGGUUUUGGCCAAAAUGCAGUAAAUACUUCUCCCGAUCAAAAAGUCGAUUGGGCGGAUCGAUUCUACAUGAUCACGAAUCCAAUCCAACGAAGAAAACCUCAUCUUUUUCCUCAGCUCCCUUCCUCCCUCAGAGAAACCCUAGAAGAAUACAUAAGUGAGAUGCAAAAGCUGUCGAGGGCAAUAUUUGGGCUAAUCGCAGAUGCACUGAAGAUAGAGAGAAAUGAAUUGGAAGAAAUGUUUGAAGACGGAAUGGAAUCAAUGAGGAUGAAUUACUACCCACAGUGCCCGGAGCCCGAUAAGGUUAUCGGGCUGACGGCCCAUUCCGACGGCAGCGGAAUCACCGUCCUCCUCCAAGUUAACGGCGUUGAAGGCUUCCAAAUCAAAAGAAACGGAGUUUGGCUGCCUGUCAAGUUUCUCCCGGAUGCCUUUGCUGUUAACUUAGGAGACAUUAUUGAGAUACUAAGCAAUGGGUUGUACAAAAGCAUUGAGCACAGAGCUACGGUGAAUUCAGAGAAAGAGAGGAUUAGCCUCGCCAUGUUUUUUAACCCUAAAUUUGAAGCAAUGGUGGGCCCAUCUCCGUCACUGUUAACUAACGGGGCGCCGUUAUUCAGAUGCAUGACGAUGGAGCAGUACUUCAAAGACUUCUUCUCCCGCAAACUCAAUGGGAAAUCUUUUCUCCAAUAUUUGAAAAUAUAAUAAUGCAUAUUUAUUUAUUUAUUAUUUAAUUAUGGAAAAAUAGUAAUUGUUAGUAUUGAUUUCUUCCUAUAUGUAUAUGUGUGUUGCUUGACCAGUAUGACUCAGAUUUAAUGAAGUAUUUUAUGGAA